CCUAUAUUAAGCAUUUCAGUGUUCGCUGCAUGCGACGAAAUGAUGAGAAAGAAGAAGAACGGAUUGAAGAGAGUGAUAAGUGGAACAUCGAAACUGCUAAAGUCCACAACAAGAGGUGUUUAUCUCGCAGCAGUCAUAUACAAAGAUGGAAAACUUUUGUGUACAAACGAUGACUGCAUUCCAAUGUUGUCUGUUGACGAGGCCGUUACAACCAUUUCAAGUGAACAUCACUACUGGCUCUUGAAAAUGUCGUGGUGUUGGCAAUACAUCAUCGGUCUGAUCGACUCGAAUCCCAGUCACUACGAUAACAGCGAAAGCCUAACUUUUCGCUCCAAACUCAUGAACGCUGUGUCAGCAAUGCGUUCAGCACUUGGACUGGACAACAUUGGUCAUUUGCAUUAUGUUCCUGUAAUUCACGAUGACACAAUUUUUCUAGUGACCGUACGGUUUUUAGAUCUCGAUCAACAAAUUCAGGGUGUUAAUUUGAAAUGGAUAUCGUUCCAAAAGGUGCUAAGAAAAAAGUGGCCUAGCCCUGCACAGAAUGCCCUCGUACGAGAGGUUCUGAACAUCGUUAGUUUCUACAGAAGCAGCAAAGUGACGCUAAAGAGAGGUUUAUAUCUUUGCUAUAUGAAGUUAUGCUGCUCUUUGAACGCAAUACAUGUGGUUGUUCCAAAUAAUUUACCAUCCUUUCUUCCUCACGUAUUUGUUCGAGAUAAUCCAGAUGUCACAGAGGAAGAAUGGCAGUUUCUCAAGGCAUUGGAUCAAAAUCCGGACCCCAUCCCCUCGCCUAAUCAGACAAAAUUCCAAACAGAUAUCUCUACAGCGAUUCACACUCUCUUCCAUGAUCUCGAUAUCGAUUCGGAUAUUGUACCAGGACAUCGAUUGUACCAUAUCACAUCAGGCUUUGACUUUAGCGCCAAAACGAGUAGAGCGAUCUGUUCAAUAAUCCUUCCGGUGAAAAUGUAG